ACAAAGAUUUCAUUUUAUUCGUCUGCGGCUGUUUAAGAUUUAAACUGUAGCCCAGUAGCCUAACAGUAGCUCUAGAAUAGGGUUUUGUAUUUUUUAGAGGACUGCAACUAAGUAGUCGAGCCUAUUUUAAAUCUGAUCUGUCCGAUAGGAAACCUGCAUGUUUUGCCAAGUUGGGAUCCUCUUUUAACUUUGUGUAUUUGAUAAAAUCUUAACCUUAGCUUUUCCAUUUUAGUAACCAUUCAAUUUAUUGCACUAUUGUUUUAGUUUUAUCCAAUGUGAACAAGAAGGUGAACAUGUGACAGAUUCAAUUUCCCAGGCAGGUGUAUGAGAAGCUGGUGAUCCGGUGAUGUUUGACGGGAAGUCUUGGAACAGAGCAUGGCUCCACCUAAUGCUGUUUUCAUUGGGCGGACUCAACUGUCACUGCCAAUCUCAAAGCAAAGGCUUUUCGAAGCAGCUGACACUCUUUUUGGUUGGAAAAACUGGCUCAGGAAAGAGUUCGUCAGGAAACACCAUCUUGGGGCGCUCGUACUUUAGAGAAGAAGCCUCAGCGGAGUCGGUGACAAAAAACUGUGAGCGCCAAGAGCGACUGGAAGGAGACAGGAACAUCGUUGUGAUUGACUCUCCAGGAGUAUAUGAUACGGAUAAAACACAAAACAAACUCAAAGAAAACAUUGAGCAGUGUGUUAAGCUGUCAGUUCCUGGACCCCAUGCUUUUCUGUUAGUGAUUAACUUAAAGUCAAGAUUUACAAAAGAGGAACAAGACACAGUGAAGUGGAUCCAGGAUAACUUUGGCUCUGCUGCUGCUGAUUACACCAUAGUCCUGUUCACUCAUGCGGAUUUGCUGAGAGGUAAAUCUGUUGAGGACUAUGUGGCAGGAAGCAAACAGCUACAGAGACUGAUAGACCAGUGUGGAGGAAGGUACCACUCGUUAAUCAAUGACCAGGGCUCCAACAGAAAACAGGUCACAGAACUUCUGGAGAAAAUAGAUCAAAUGGUUAAAUUAAAUGGGGAACAUUAUUACACCAAUAGUAUGUACUAUAAAGCCCAAAGGGAACUUGAGGAGGAGGAGGAAAGAGCAUGGUGGGAGAAAGAAGAGAGGAGAAAAAAGGAAGGGAGGAGUAAGUGUAAACCUGAGUGUGAAGGAGAAAGACAGCAGGAAAGAGAGAAGAGGGACAGAAAGAGAAAACAAAAUUUUGCUCUUUGGUGUAGAAUCUUAAAAAUUGCUUCCAAAACAAUGAUUUGGACAAAGUUUACCUACCUUACGGCAGUAGGAGCUGUUCUUGGUUUCUUUGUUGAAGACUGUGAAUUCAUAAAAUACACGUUUAAUGAGUGGGACAUAUGACAAAAUGAACCAAUAUAUCCCACCUAUGAGUGGAUGAACACAACAGUAAAUGUAUUAUUUAAUCUGGACAUUGGAGGAAGAAAAAUCUCUAAUCUACAGAAAAUAAAAACAUUAAAUCAUACUUGGACAUAUAUUUAAUCUCUCUAAAUGCAUUUUGGUUUGCUUUUUCCUUCUUGAUAGUAUUUUUAAAAUUUUGCAUAUCAACACUGCAUGGAUGUAACACAGUUUAUGUUUUUCUGCUUAGAUGUAUUUACCUAACAGUAAAACAUGUUUACCAGCAUAGUGACAAGUCUGUCACAUCUCUAAUGUAAGUGUUACACUUCCUGAAUAAUGUAUUUACUUUACUUUUUUAAUCUGACCACUCUAUUUGUAAUUUUUUUGCUAUUGCCUCUAUGAGUAAGUGAGAAAGAAAUUUUGCAUGUGUUAAUGGGAUGUCAAAAGUUGAACAGGGAUUAAAUGAUAUCUGCAUGAACUGA